AUGACGGCAUCCAAGUCUCCGGCAGGAAAAGCAAUGUUGUCAAGUUUCGCAGUCACUGGACCUGGCGCUGCUGGCUUCGGCAUGACCGACCGGGCAAACACCACAGCUCCUACGCAGCAGACUUCGACACUCAGCUCCGCCGUCUUCGACCAGCCAGAGGCGGCAUCCUCAUUGACAGCAUCGGAUGGCGACUCUGCGCCUUGUCCGCUUCUAGAACUCUGUCCCGAACUCCGUUUGACGAUCUGGGAAUAUGUGUACACAGCGGACGUCGACAACGACGGAACGGUGGAUCUCCUCACCGCUCGCCAUGCCAAGACAGAUCUUCUUCUCGUCAGCAGAUCCAUCCACGCAGAAGCCAAGAACAUUCACAGCAACUUCACGGCAAGCUACUGGCGUGACACCCACUUCGCCGUCAACGCCCUGGACUUCAACCGACCAGAGCGCGAGCUCAUCCAACGCCUCGAACCAGUCUCCGACUCCCGCCUCAGGCAAAUCACCCACCUCACCCUCCGCUUCGUCGCCAUACGCAAGCUGUACGAGCCAGGCACACUGCCGCACCCGGUGGGUACCGCGACAUUCAUGCCGGGAGGGGGAUGGCCGACGUCCUAUCUCAGGGGCAAACUCAUAAUCCUGGUGGGCAUGGGAGUCGUCCUGCCGGGGAACGACCAAGUCACAGGAGACAUUCGAGUCCUCCUCGAUGGGAGAAAUAGCGCUCAGUCGAUGCUCUCGGCUAUGAGGAGGGGUGAUAUCGGCUGCAUUUUUGGACCUGCAACUCUGCCGCGACAGGACUCCAAUAGCAGCCUCCCAUUUCUGACACAGGGAGAGUCUGUAGACGCGACCAUGGCAUCUCUGGACGCCGUGGACACGCGCAUCGGUCACGAUUUCGCAGCCGAACCAUCGGAAGUAGCAAGAGCUGAAGAAGCCAGACGCGCAGAAGAUUCUGCUCGAAGCGCAAAAACCGCAGCUCAAGAUGAACUCGACAACGCCCCGAAGCGCAAGAAUCGCACAUCAAGAAGACCAGUCGAGGGAGAAGAAAUUAUCAUCUCAUACCUUGCCGCCAUGUCGCAAAAGCGCAUUCCUUGGAACCCAGCCGAUCCUCGCAUGUGGACUCCAGCCGCAGAAGCUCCCGGCAGGCUCGCAGGCAACAACAUCAUCUCCGCCAAUGCGUUCAGAAGGCUCCGCAUCAAGAUAACUGCGUGGGCGGAGAAAGUCCUCGCUGCGCCUCCUCCUUUUCUGCGACUGCCCACGGAGAUCCGGGUUUCGAUCUACGAGUUCAUCUUGCAGCCCAUCAAUGCUCAGACCGAAAGCAAUGUCAUCGACCUCCUUGGUACUCACCCCAACGGUUUGCGCCUCGUCAAUCGCAUCGUUCAUUCCGAGACCAUGGAACUCUACAACGCCUACUGGUCCAAUCACUUCAAAAUUCAACGUGCCAAGGAUAGAUUCCUCCACAGCCGCGGAGAAACGAUCACGACGCUGGCCACCACCUCUAGCGUUGCUUUCGACAAACUCAAGUACUUGACCAUGAGCUUCGCCUUCGGGAGGAGGCUGGAUAGUGAUGAAUCCGAGAAUUUCUCGGUCGGUACUGUGCGACGAGUUGAUGAUCAUGACUGCUGGCACGCCUCUGUGGACGGUCGGAAUUUCACGGUGGUGAUCGGGCGCGGUCUCAAUGGGCACGUCAAGACGAUGAUCGCGAAGGGCUACAGCAAGACAGACGCGGCGCGCAAGAUCUUUUCCUUUCCGUCCGCUUUCUCUUCCUUUUACACCCAACCCAUCUUCACAAUGUCUUUUCAAGAUCAUCGACCGUCCAAGCGGCGCAAGACCAACCAUGCAUCCGCAUCUACAAUCUCGAUUCAUUCCGCCCACAACAGUUCGGAUGAAGCCAGCUACACAACUUCCAAUAUGCCUCCGACCACAGACACCAGCAGGACCUGCCGCCUGCUCGCUCUUCCUCCGGAGCUGCGAAACGCAAUCUGGCAGCUCUCAUUCACCACUGACCACGAAGAAGACGACAUCGUCGACAUCCAAACCCACGAGAGUCCUACCAGAGAUAUUCUCCGCACCAACCGCCAGAUCUACCACGAAGCAAAAGGCAUCCACCAGCUCGCUCACACCAUCUACUGGCGUACCACCAAGUUUAGCCUCAAUUGCUCAUCCGGCAUCUACCCAAACAUCGACCACAUCCCAGAUCGCGACCUCAACCAGAUCAUCAAACUCUCCAUCAAGUUCCUCUUCACCGCACCGCGCGAUCGUCUUGAUCACCUCGGCCGUUUGGUGCCGGAUACCGGGCACGGCGUCGCAGAGCUACACCUUCUGCCUGGACGUGUGGGAUGGAGAGUCUGGAGUCGUGGUCAGCGGUCCGUCAUACUGGUUCAUCGUGGCCAGGAUGGGGUAGUGGAGAAGUCUCAGGUUCUCUUCGAUCCUGGCACGCCUUCAGGAGUGUAUGAGGAUGCUGCGAAUGGGUUGCGGAAACAGCUGAGUGACAAGAUUCAUGAUGUUCCGAUCAAGGAGCAGAUCUUGUUUUUGUGGGAGUUGUAG